UGUCGGCGGCUUGCUGCAGUCGGUGCUGCAGUCCUGAGCUCGCGCGCCGGUCCCGCUGACUCGAUGAGAAAGACAUGCUCGCAUUCGUCUUGGUCUCUGGGUCGCUCUGGAUUAUAUUAGAGCUGAGUUCCACCUUGAUGGAGAAGAUGCAGGCCCAGGAGAUGAUGUCGGGCCUGAGGAUCCCGGAGAUGGAGGACCUGGGUCAGUUCUUCCGGUCCUUGCCGACCUCCACGCUGGUGGGCAUCGGCGCGCUGACCGCCGUGCUGGCGUACUGGCUGGCCACGCGGCCGCGGCCCAUCGCGCCGCCCUGCAGUCUGCUGCACCAGUCCGAGGAGGUGCCGCAUGAAGACGGAGCUCGCCGGUCGAUGAUGGGCGACGGCUCCAAGCUGCUGAGCCAUUACCAUGACGACGCCAGGACCAUGUACGAGGUCUUCCAGAGGGGCCUCCACGUGUCUGGUGACGGGCCCUGCUUGGGCUCGCGGCUCCCCAACCAGCCCUAUAAGUGGAUCUCCUACAAAGAGGUGACGGCCCGGGCCGAGCACCUGGGCUCCGGCCUGCUGCACCAGGGCUGCCGGCCCGACCCGACCCAGUUCAUCGGGGUGUUCGCCCAGAACCGGCCGGAGUGGAUCAUCUCAGAGCUGGCUUGCUACACCUACUCCAUGGUGGUGGUUCCCCUUUACGACACGCUGGGCCCGGACGCCAUCCGGUUCAUCAUCAACACCGCCGACAUCUCCACGGUCAUCUGUGACAAGGUGGACAAAGCUCAGGUGCUGCUGGACAACGUGGCGCGCCGGGACACGCCCGGCCUGCGGAGGAUCAUCCUGAUGGACGACUUCGACGGCGACCUGGUGCGGCGCGGCGAGAGCUGCGGCGUGCGCGUCCAGGCCAUACAGGAAGUGGAGGCGCUGGGCCGGGAGCACCACAGAAACCCGGUACCGCCGGCGCCGGACGACCUGUCCAUCGUGUGCUUCACCAGCGGAACCACAGGGAACCCAAAGGGCGUGAUGCUGAGUCAUGGGAACGUGGUGGCAGAUUUCUCCGGCUUCCUCAAAGUAACAGACAAAGUCAUCUGUCCCAACAAGGAUGAUUGCCUCAUCUCCUUCCUGCCGCUGGCUCACAUGUUCGAGAGGCUCAUCGAGUCCGUAGUGUACUGCCAUGGAGGACGCAUCGGGUUCUACCAGGGAGACAUCCGGCUGCUCCCUGACGACAUGAAGACUCUGAGGCCGACCAUCUUCCCCGUCGUGCCUCGACUUCUCAACCGCAUGUACGACAAGAUCUUCAGCCAGGCCAACACGCCGCUGAAGCGCUGGCUGCUCAACUUCGCCGCCAAGAGAAAAGGAGCUGAGGUCAGCAGCGGGGUCAUCCGCAGCGACAGCGUGUGGGACAAGGUGUUCUUCAGCAAGAUCCAGGCGAGCCUCGGAGGACGACUGAGGAUGAUUAUAACCGGGGCGGCUCCGACCUCGCCCAGCGUCCUGGGAUUCCUCAGAGCAGCACUGGGAUGCCAGGUGUACGAGGCGUACGGACAGACAGAGUGCACAGCUGGCUGCACCUUCACCACACCUGGAGACUGGACCCCAGGUCACGUCGGGGCGCCGCUGCCGUGCAACCUCAUCAAACUGGUGGACGUUCCCGAGAAGAACUACUUCGCCUCCAAGGAGGAAGGCGAGGUUUGUGUGAAGGGCUCCAACGUGUUCAAGGGCUACCUCAAAGACCCGGAGAGGACGGCCGAGACGCUGGACGCGGACGGCUGGCUUCACACCGGCGACAUCGGCAAAUGGUUGCCGAACGGCACGCUGAUGAUCAUCGACAGGAAGAAGCACAUCUUCAAGUUGGCGCAGGGCGAGUACAUCUCCCCCGAGAAGAUCGAGAACAUCUACAUCAGGAGCGAGCCGGUGACGCAGCUCUACAUCCACGGAGACAGCCUGCAGUCCUGUUUGGUGGGCAUUGUGGUUCCUGACCCUGAAGUCAUGCCUGAGUGGGCCAAGAAGAAAGGCAUUUUCGGCACCUACAAGGACCUCUGUAAAAACACGGAACUGAAGAAGGCCGUCCUCGAGGAUCUGGUGCGUCUGGGCAAGGCCAGCGGCCUCCACUCGUUUGAGCAGGUGAAGAACAUCUACAUCUGCAGCGAGAUGUUCUCCAUCAGCAACAACCUCCUGACCCCGACGCUGAAGGCCAAGAGGCCCGAGCUGAAGGAGUUCUUCAAGGAGAAGAUCGAGCGGCUCUACGACAGCAUCUCCAUGUGAAGGCCCGACCUCAUGACCCUUUCUUUUGACCCUUUCUUUUGACCCUCUCGACCCCGCGGUGGGACGAAAGAUGUGACACCUUAGGCUUCACGUGCUCUUGGAAAAGCAACGCCCAUCCACGCUUUGGGAGAUUUAAAAUGCCCAGAAAACACAAAACAAAUCAAAGAAAUAAAGUGGAAUCUGAUACACAUCCGUAUGUGUAUUUUUGUGUUUAUGUGAGAAAGCAUAUGUUAAAAAAUAUAUAUUAUUUAGCUCGUGAGCUGGAUUGUUUCCACGCCGCAGAAAGAACCAAUCAGCAAACAGACGUGGUGCGUUUCGAGUGUCGGCCAGCAGGGGGCGGUAUCGAGCUGCCGACACUUCAAACGAGGCCAUCAAGUAUUUCACUUUAUCUCUUAGUUUGAUUGUUUCACUUUAAAGCUGCUCUGAGGAACUUCAAGUGGUUUUGAAUCCGUCUCCCUUUAGUCCUGAUCCUCCACGAUCCUCCAGAAGUCACCAAGACCACCGGACAGAAGAUCCUCUCUUCUUUACUUAUUCUUUUCAUCCGAGCCACCGGGGUCGGACUCUGGCGAGACCAGAUGACAUCAUGCGGGUUCACCAGAAACUCCUUCAGCUCAGACUCCGACACAGACCAGUCCACCGUGGACUAGACCCAGAUCCAGCAGAGACCAGUCCACCGUGGACUAGACCCAGAUCCAGCAGAGACCAGUCCACCGUGGACUAGACCCAGAUCCAGCAGAGACCAGUCCACCGUGGACUAGACCCAGAUCCAGCAGAGACCAGUACACCGUGGACUAGACCCAGAUAAAACUUUGCUGCAGCCUCGGACCGCAUGCAGAGGUUCCUGUGGGAGGAGAAGGAGAGCUCUGCUCCUCCUCCUCCUCCUCCAGCAGCAGAUAUUCUCCUCUGGACCAGGACUUGACGGGGCAGACUCUCAGACCUCCGCUGCAGUGAAAUGAGAGGUUCUCUAAAGGGACCCUGGUGCUCGGAGACAUUACCACUUUAGUCCACAGGGGGUGCCAGAGACAACACGGAAUGAAAGUUCCUCGUAGUAGCUUUAAGCAUUUUAAAUCUUUAUUUAAAUCGCCUCGCGCUCUCCACCCAAACCAACCCUCACUUUUACGUUGAGCUCCACCACUUCCUGUCACUCUGCUCCACCACUUCCUUUCACGCGGUAUCUUUGUGCGCGGCGCCGCACGAGGAGGCAAAAAAUGGAAAACCGUCGAUUCCUCUCUUUCAGCGUGACCUUUGUGUCCCGAGGUCAGAACCCAGAGAACCAGGCAGGGAGGGGCGGCCGCUCCACGCCUUACAACCCCCCCCCACACACACACACACACACACACUUCCCGCGUUCCACCGAGUCACGCCUCUGCGAUCGUCAUUUUUUCUGCUUCUUUUUUUUUCUUCGCAUGCUCCUCGUUUUCUUUGUUGUUUUUACGCGACGGCCCGUCACGAUCACGGAGGUCCGCUCGCACUCCGACAUCUUUUCUUUUUUUCGUCCGUCCUUUUGCACAAAAUAGUACAUCAGGUGAAGAGAAAAACAAAAGAAGAUGAAAAAGAAGAAAAACUAAAAAGAGGUAAUCCAAAAACCAGGGCUGGAUGCAUGCGGUUAGCCCUGCGAUGCUAGCAGCGUUAGCUUCCAGGCUUUGCAGCGUAGGCGAAGCCGCUGACCUCCGCUCGCCGGACGGACCGCAGGUCGACUGAACGAGGCGUUUGUUGGAGUUCUCUGGAGGGGUUUACACGUAGAAGUAAUGUAUAGGCUUUUUAAGUUGAUUACCGUCCCGAAGCAUAAACAAUGUGGAUGUACAUGAAUGAGGACCGCUAGAUGUAAGCAUAUUUAUUAAAUCAAUGGUUUGAAUGGAUUUCUUUCUCUCUCUGCGUGUCGUGAGAUGAACUAUACCUUAUUUAUUGAUCUAUUCUGCUGUCCAAUGGAAUCGGCACCAUAUCCUUGUAACGAUUGAGUGCAGCAAUAGGGACGAGGGAGGGGGCGGGGCUUCGGACGAGGGGCGAUGACAAUAAAAGAUAUUCUGGAAUGAU